AUGACGGACGACCUCUUAGUGUCGGCGAUAGAUGUAGAGCGACUGACUUACUCUUUCACCCACGAUCUCGAACCUGCCCUCGAAGACGUCACUCUCACUCUCCACAGAGGCAGUCGUUGUCUCGUCAUCGGUGCCAAUGGUGCUGGCAAGUCGACACUCCUUCGCAUCCUCGCCGGAAAGAGAUUGAUCAAAGGUGCCAAAUGCAGUAUCUUCGGUCAUGACGUCUUCAAUAACCUUCCAGGUGGCGUCGUCUACCUCGGCACCGAAUGGUCGUCCAAUCCCGUCGUCAGGGGUGACAUCGUCGUCUCUGAUUUCCUCGAUUCGGUGGGCGGGUACAGACAUAAGGAGAGGAGGGAUAGAUUGUUGAGGAUAUUGGACGUGGAUGUGGAUUGGCACAUGCACCAGAUAUCUGAUGGUGAACGGAGAAGGGUACAGCUUUGUAUGGGUCUGAUGGGUCACUGGGACGUGCUUCUCUUGGACGAGGUGACCGUGGAUCUGGAUGUUCUGGUCCGGGCAGAUCUGAUUGAAUUCCUCGUCGAAGAAUCAAAGAUUAGGAACGCAACCAUUUUAUACGCCACUCACAUCUUUGACGGUUUAUCGUCCUUCCCCACUCAUAUAUGUCAUCUCCAGCUCGGUACUGCCCUUCCCUUGCUUCCCUGGCCCCUGGCUAUCCCGUCCGGCGAUGCUUCCACAGCGGAAACAGAUCGUGAUCCUGACAGUCUUUUCCAUCUCGCCCUGGAGUGGCUUCGGGAGGAUCGCAACUUGCGCCGGGGACGUGAUUCAGCCAGGGGCAAGCAUAGGGGUCCGAAAGCAGAAACGACAAAUGCGAGGACUUUCUUUGAAAAGUACGACUAUGCACAUUGA